AUGAGCUUCUUUCUCCAAAUGCAAAAAGUAGUCCAUACGCCUCGCCUCCGCUGGACGGCUGACCUCCACCACAGAUUUGUCGAUGCUGUUACUCACCUCGGUGGCCCCGACAAAGCGACACCUAAAACUAUCUUGCGGACAAUGGGAGUAAAAGGCCUGACUUUGUACCAUUUGAAGUCUCAUCUUCAGAAAUACCGACUCGGGAAGCAAGCGAAUAAGGAGUUGACUGACAACUCGAAAGGUGCUUCUUGUGUUGCCGAGACUCAGGACACAGAUUCAUCAUCUAUAUCAGCUUCAUCGAAGAUGACGGCACAAGAUAUAUCCGAUGGUCUCCAGGUAACUGAGGCUCUGCGGGUGCAGAUGGAAGUUCAGCGUAGACUGCAUGAGCAGUUGGAGGUCCAACGCCACCUGGAGAUCCGCUUAGAAGCACAAGGCAAGUACCUGCAAUCGAUCCUCGACAAAGCUUGCAAGGCUCUCGAGGAUGGGGGGCCAGCUGGGACCACGGGUCUAGACGCCGCCAGCCAAGAGCUCUCGGAGCUAGCAAUCGAGUGUCGUGGCAUGCUUUCGGAUAUUGCCUCAGACUUAAACAACGCGAGUGCCCUGCCCAUUUUGCCCGCUCGUCUCGGAGAAUGUCCAUCGGCUGUGGGCCCGCAGAUUAAGAAACGUCCACGCCCUAUGCUCGGCUGUGAUACAGGCGCGGUACAUUGGAUGAUGUCAAAUACAGGGUGA